CUGAACAAAUAUGAGGAAAUACUCAAUCAUUGAAGACGAAAAUUUCGAACUAAGAGUGGUGCCAUCAAAAUGGCUGUCUGCUGACAAAAAAAGCUAUCAUUUCCACCGUACAAAGACUCAGGGAAAUUUCAAAGAGCAGUAAUUAAUGAUAGACGUUGGAGACGAUUGGGCAGAUGUCGAAAUCACCCGCUUCAUAAAAUCGAAAGAUGAUUACAAGGAGUGUGUAGAAGCAAUAAAGAGAAAUACUACUGAAUUGCCAAGUGACCCUGAAAAACUUAAAUCCUCGCGGUCUAUUAGAGCAAAACGUAAGACCGUACAUGAUGAAACUAAUGAAAGUACACCAGCAAAAAAACCUAAGGGUAAAGCAAAUGUUUCGAGGCCGAUACAAGAAUUUUUUGAUGCUCAUGAUGAAACAUCGUCGGGAGAAGAAAGCACUACUAUGAAAAAAAGCAACCGAAAUAAGGGCUCCGAUGAUGAGAUUGAUAAUUCAUCUGCUGCUAGUUCUUAGGGAGAUGAUGAAGUUGAUUCGUUAGCGUUGAUAGAAGUUCCAGAAACUCUUGGAAUUGACAUAGUUAACGUUGAAACUUGUCUGACGUCAGAAG